AUGCCCGUGAUUUCGAGGAUGGACCGUGGCGGCAACGUCAAGGUUGUCGUCAGAGUGCGCGCCUUUUUACAGCGAGAACUCCAACGACGAGCCAGAUGCCUUGUCGAAAUGGACCCCGUAUCCCACAUUACCACCCUCAGGGCUCCCGACGAACAAGAAACUUCUGUGGCCUCAAGCCCCUCCAAGUCUCGCAAGCUCACCGACAAGAGCUUCGCCUUUGACUCCUCCUUCUGGAGCCACGACCCCGAUGACAAGGACUAUGCCAACCAAGAAGACAUCUACAACAGCCUCGGCGAGGAGUUUCUCGACCACAACUUCGAGGGCUACCACACGUGCAUAUUUGCAUAUGGCCAGACCGGCUCUGGCAAGAGCUACACCAUGAUGGGAACGCCCGACAACCCCGGGCUGAUUCCUCGAACUUGCGAGGAUCUGUUUGAGCGCAUAGACGCCGCCCACAAUGAUGACUCAAGCGUCGCUUACAACGUACGGGUUUCGUAUUUCGAGGUCUACAACGAGCACGUCCGAGACCUUCUGGUGCCCGUCGUCCCCAACACACCCCCCAACUACCUCAAGAUCCGCGAGUCUCCCACCGAGGGCCCAUAUGUCAAGGAUCUCACCGAGGUGCCUGUACGCAACAUUCACGAGAUUAUGCGAUACAUCAAGGUGGGAGACGCAUCUCGCACCGUGGCAAGCACCAAGAUGAACGACACUAGUAGCCGGAGCCACGCCGUCUUCACCAUCAUGCUGAAGCAGAUUCACCACGACAUGGAGACGGACGAGACCACGGAACGCAGCUCUCGCAUCCGGCUGGUUGAUCUGGCGGGCAGUGAGAGGGCAAAGACGACCGAGGCCACGGGGGCACGACUUCGCGAGGGCAGUAACAUCAACAAGUCGCUCGCCACCCUUGGCCGGGUCAUUGCUGCGCUGGCAGGUCCUAAGCAGCUGCGGUCGGGCAAGAGAAAGGACAUAGUACCGUAUCGAGAUUCGAUAUUGACGUGGCUGCUCAAGGACUCUCUAGGAGGCAACAGCAAGACGGCCAUGAUUGCGUGUGUUGCCCCCUCGGACUACGAGGAGACACUCUCGACGCUUCGAUACGCCGAUCAAGCCAAGCGCAUCCGCACUCGUGCCAAGGUCAACCAAGACCAUAUCUCGUCCGCAGAGCGUGACGCCCAGAUUGCCACAAUGGCGCAGGAGAUUCGGAUGCUGCAAAUAUCGGUUUCGGACUCUCGCGAGCGCGAAAAGAAUGCUCAAGAGGCAGAAGAGCGCUUGGAAGAGUACCAGAUCCGUGUCGGCACCAUGCAGCGCAUGAUGGAGGAACGCAGCAUGGUUGCCGAAAGCAAGAUCAAGAAGCUGCAGAUGGAGAACGAGGCCCUGAAGCUACAUCUGAAGCUGGCCAUUGACAGUCUCAAGAAUCCCAUCCCACCGGUGCAGCUCGAGAGCAAGGAAGAAGAGGAAGAGGAAGAAGACGAGUACGAGUACGAUUCGGAAAGCACCGCUGCAGACGAUGAGCUCCAGCAGGAGAUGGAGCGCUAUUUGCAAGACAUGGGCAACCUGCGGAAGCUCAUCGGCGGCGACCUCGACAGAUUCAAGGAUACGGACAGUGUGCGGAUGCCUCUUGGUGUGAAGCAGAAUGUGUAA